GCAUAAUGGCUUUUAAAAGCAUAGUGUUAACCUCGUCACUACUCCUGCUCGUUUCCAUAACGUUUUAUGCCAUAAAAUUUUUGCACUACAGUGAAGUCCAAAAGUUGGAAAACGUUUACUGGGGACCCGGAGAGCCGAAACAAGAUGACCCCGAAGUUAGGCCUUUUAGGAUAGAUUUGAAAGAAAAUGUCCUUAAAGACAUUCAUCAUAGAUUGAACCUAUCCAGACCACAAAUACCUCCCUUGGAAGACACAGAAACUCAGUAUGGAUACUCAGGAAAAAUCAUGGAGGAAGUCAUGGACUUUCUUAAGACUGAAUAUAACUUCAAAGAACAACAAAAAUUUCUCAAUACGUUUCCUCAGUUUGUUACUGAAGUGCAAGGGUUAAAAAUACAUUUUCUUCACGUGAAACCUAACGUUACUGAUGAUGUAGAAGUUUUUCCCAUUUUGAUGUUACAUGGAUGGCCCAGUUCUGUUAGAGAGUACUAUGGAAUGAUUCCUGAGAUGGUUAAUCCUGCUGAUGGCAGGAAAUUUGUUUUUGAAAUUGUUGCCCCUUCUCUACCAGGUUUUGGUUACUCCGAUGCGCCAUCAAAAAAAGAUUGCCAAGGUCCUGAAAUGGCGUUGAUUUUCAAAAACCUCAUGGAAAAAUUGGGUCACAGGAAAUUCUACGUCCAUGGUAGUGACUGGGGGGCAGUCAUAGGCACGCACUUAUCCACCUUAUAUCCUCACCAAGUCAUAGGUUUUCAUUCAAACUUCUGCAUAAGUUUGGCUAAUAAAUCGAUAUUCAAAAUUUUGGUGGGAAUGGUUUUCCCAUCCCUAAUAUUUCCUGAAGAGUUCCAACACAAAUGGUACCCUCCCAUGGAUACCUUAAGGUUCUUUUUUUCUGAAGCGGCUUACCUUUUGUUACAAGCAACGAAACCUGACACAAUAGGUGUCUCUUUGGAUCAAAGUUUACAGGGCUUAAUAGCUUUCAUGUUUGAUAAAAUGUCCGUGGGAACCGAUAAAGAUUUCGUCCGUUUUAAAGAUGGCGGACUUCCUUUAAAAUACAAUUACACAAUACUCUUUGACAACCUAAUAUUUUACUACUGGGUACCUCAAAAGGCCACCACAGCUGCUAGACUAUAUUCGCAAAAUUUGAACUACAAAAUCUUUCAAAGAGGAUUUUACAAUAAUCCUGUAGAUAAGAGCGUGCCCUGUGGUUGUACAGUUUUUGCCAAGGAAUUCCUGUACUUCCCCGAAGAAGUUUUGAGGGAUACAUACAGAAAUUUAAUUCAUUUCACAACGCAUAAAGAUGGCGGUCACUUUGCCGGUUUGGAAAUGCCCGAUGUUCUCGUGAAGGAUUUGUUGAGUUUUGUUGAGAAAACCUUGCCAAAGACAAGAAGAUAUUUUUGA